AUGGUAUCUGUUGAAGCUACUGCUGCCUUUUUAAAAGAAUUAGAAACUGUUAGUUAUUAUGUGAAAGAUGAAAAACAACCUGUACUAUCAAAAACAACAUACUUAGAGCACUUAUCAUCACUUAACAUUACUGAACCACCACAUGCAAUCCGAAAGACAGCCAUAAUUUGUACAAUUGGACCUAAAUGUAACAAAAUUGAGACAUUAGUUUGUAUGAUUAAAAAUGGUAUGAAUAUUGCAAGAUUAAAUUUUAGUCAUGGUGAUCAUGAAUAUCAUGCUAUGACAAUUAAAAAUAUUCGUGAAGCAGCCAAAAUUAUUAAACAUGAAGAUAUCAUUGCCAUAGCACUAGAUACAAAAGGUCCAGAAAUUAGAACAGGUUUGAUUAUGAAUAGUUCAACAGCUGAAGUUGAAUUAGUUAAGGGGAAAAAAAUUCGCCUCACAACAGAUGUCAGUUUUCAAAAUACUGGAAAUGCCGUUAAUUUGUAUGUUGAUUAUGAAAAUAUUACAAAAGUUUUGGCACCAGGAAAAAUUAUUUAUAUUGAUGAUGGACUUAUAUCUUUAAUUGUUGAUGAAGUAGGUGAUGACUAUGUCAUUUGUACAAUAGAAAAUGGUGGAAUGUUAGGAAGUAAAAAAGGUGUGAAUCUCCCUGGAACUUCUGUUGAUCUUCCUGCCGUUUCUGAGAAGGAUAUUGCUGAUUUAUUAUUUGGAGUAGAACAAGGAGUUGAUAUAGUAUUUGCUUCAUUCAUUAGAAAUGGAUCAGCUGUAUCUAAAAUACGUGAGAUUCUUGGUGAAAAAGGAAAAAAUAUCAAAAUAAUAUCUAAGAUUGAAAAUCAAGAAGGUGUUUUGAAUGCUGAUGAAAUAAUUAAAGCAAGUGAUGGUAUUAUGGUGGCUCGUGGUGAUCUUGGAAUUGAAAUUCCAGCAGAAAAAGUAUUUCUUGCUCAAAAACUUUUAAUUGCUAAAUGUAAUGAAGCUGGAAAACCUGUAAUUUGUGCUACUCAAAUGUUAGAAUCUAUGAUUUCAAAACCAAGACCUACAAGAGCAGAGACAUCUGAUGUUGCAAAUGCUGUUUUUGAUGGUGCAGAUUGUGUUAUGCUUUCUGGAGAAACAGCCAAAGGAUCCUAUCCAAUAGAAACUAUAAAAAUUAUGCAUUACAUUUGUAAAGAAGCUGAAGCUGCCGUAUAUCAGUCAAAGUUUUUUGAAGAAAUACUUAAACGUGUUCAGAAACCAACAAGUCAUGUUGAGACAAUAGGAAUAGCUGCUGUUUCAGCCUCAAAAUCUUGUCAGGCUUCUGCAAUUGUUUUAUGUACAACAACAGGAAAAACUGCAGCUAUGAUUUCAAAAUUCAAACCUUCAGUUCCAAUUAUUGCAGUUACAAAGAAUGCUCAAACAGCAAGACAACUUUGGCUAUACAGAGGUGUAUUUCCUUUUUAUUAUGAUAACAGUGAAAAACAUUUAGAUUGGACAACAGAUGUUGAUAAUAGAUUACGUGAAGGAAUACAUUUUGGAAAGGAAAAAGGUUUUAUUGGUACAGGAGAUAACAUUGUUGUUAUUACAGGUUGGACUUCUGGUGCCGGAAAAACUAACACACUUCGUUUAAUUACAGUUGAUUGA